AUGACAGAUCCAGCAGGGGCAAUGUCUCGGUCUAAAUUGGUGCGUCGAUUCACAGAUGAAAUCAAGGAAGAUUCGAAUCUAGCUUCUCAGGUCAAGUCGUACCAAGAUGAUUUGGAUACGGAGAUUAACAAACAUGAGAAAUCACGGAUCGAUCGUAUCUAUUAUGAUCAGCCGCCGAUCGAGAGUUCUUCUAAAGGACUUGAAUUCGCACGUCAAACGCUUCAGUCCAAAUGCGAGGAGUUCUUCAAGUCUCUAGAGGAGAGAGCAGAAGCGAGCAAGAGCAAAGCAGGACUCUCACGACUCUUGCAUCGAAAUGCGACCGAAGAGAAGCUGGCUAUCCAUAUCCGCAAACGCGGGGAGCUCACGGUAAAUCAAAUUCAUUCAAUUCUCGAUGAGGUGGAGGCUGAAUGGACGAAAUCGAACAGCAAGGCGGCGACCAACUUCGUGAAAAUAUGCCACUCCCUCAACUCCCACAAGCAAAUCUUCCAGUGUUUCCCGAGUCAAACAUCCUACACAUCUACCUUGUGUGGUGCUAUCACGAUGGUCAUUCAGGCCUCAGUCAACUAUUCGGCUAUUGCAGAAUUGUUGUCAGGUUAUGUAGCAGAGCUGUCAGACACCAUCGCUAUUUGUACCCAGUGGCUCGAUCUCUAUGCAAACCCGGCCAUUCAAGCACGACUGUCCGAUAUCUACAAGCAAUAUUUUGAUUUCUUUGUCAACGUGGCCAUCUGGUACAUGAAACCGAAAGCGUCGAAAUGGCUCGACUCCUUCAACUCGAACUUCACGACUAGCUAUAAGGAAGUGGCAGAAACGAUAAAACGCUCCAUUCAGAAUAUCCGCGAUCAGGCUGCAGUGGAGAACGCAUGGCAGAUAAAUAGACUUGGUCUGUCGGUUGGCCACUUUGAAAAGAGCUGCGCCGCGUGGGUGAACGAAAUCCGGAAAGAGAAGAACGAGGCCGGGGCGACAAUGCGGACCUUGUUGCUGCAGAUGAUUGAACGCAUGGAUAUGUGGGAGGAACGCUGGGAACGUGGACAGUUGGAAUAUCAGCACGAGACUGGAAGAACGAUAACAAAUGGAGAUACAACUAUCAGGGAUAAAGAGCGCGCACAAAUUGCCGAUGUUCCCUAUGGGAUCAAGCGGUCUGAGGCCGAAGACGUCUGUCGACAUCUCCAAUCACUGAUUGAUCAGUUGGGAGGCAGCGAUGGAAUCAAACUCGCGAUCCAGGCAGGACGCCUCAUUGCAGAGCCUACCAUUGUCCGAAUCCUAGGUCAUUGGACACAGGCUACCUCGGGCGAUGCGCUCAUCCUUUGGAUCAUCAGCCCCUUUGAAAGAAGCCCGCAGACUAGCGCGCAACUGGCUGCCCUCGGCGUGAUUUGGACGGCAAUCCGAGCUCGUGCACAAUUCGUGUCGUAUAUCUGUCAACGGCCCCACUAUGGAACUAUUCCUGGCUUUCACAAUGUCGAAGACAAAGCCGGCGCCAUGGCGAUGGUUUAUAGUUUGAUCUGCCAGUUGCUGCAAUUUCAGUCGCACGAUGAUGCAGUGUGUAUACAACCAGCGAUGCUCGAUCAACUCACGCAGCCCGGAGAACGGUGGGUCACAGGCUUGGUGCUAUUGAGAUACCUGCUAGAGAACACACCUAGUCUGCGGUACUGUAUUAUCUCUGGAAUCAACCUGCUCGAAGGGGAAGCACACGACAUGUGUCAGGAGUUUCACAUUCUAGGAAUGCUCAGUGGGCACUACGAAUUCUUUUUACAACUUCGGGGAAUACUUUGGGCAGAGAGAGCAAGGUAUUCUCAAACAACACUUUCCGUCGGAUGA